CAUCAAAUUAUAACCAAUGUCUGAAAUCGCUAAAAAUAUCUUUUUCUUUCUAAAAUUAAAAUUAACAAAAAAGUGCUCAAAAUAUAUUAAUUAUUUAAAAAUCUAAUUAAAAACUUGUUCAAUUACAUAAACUAACUCAAAAGUAUUCAAAAUAAAAAAUAAAAUAAAUUACAAAAAUAUUUAAAAUAUUUUUAAAUAUCUAAAUCACCUUAAUAUAUAUUAAAACAUUAACAUAUUUAACUAAUUUCAGAUAUUUAUGGAUCCUCAUUCAGAUUUUGGUUUGAUUUGGGUUGUAUCAGAACCCGAAAGUACCAAGUUUUUAAGUUAUUGGUUCGGUUUUGUCAGUUAAAACGUCCAGGCCUAAUGUCAACCCACCUAAUCAUAAAAUAAAACAUCGCUCACGCCAUCCACUUGAUGUUUUCUAUAUCAGCUGGGAAGUUAAUGAUUAUUUUAAUCAGAUGGCGUCAAAGAAACAGAUCAUUCUUUGGGAAAAUUACAGUUUAUUAAAAUCAAGUUGUUGCUAUGUAUGUAAUGGAGGUCCAUUAACUAUUACAUCCUAAACUUCUUAGUAUUUUCAUGUAUACUUUCUGAUAAGUGCUUUCAUAUUGAGUUUGUAAUUAAUAUAUGUUUUUGACCAACCAACAGUUAUAUUGUAUUUAAUUAUCGUCAUAUCCACAACCUUUUUGUGUGUAUAUAUACAGGCGUAGAUGAUGAUCCACAACAUUUGCAUAUUAUAGCUUAAAACAAUACAAGAAACCUCAAAUUCAACCCAAUCCAAACCUUUUCUUUUGUUUAAACGGUGAGAAAUUCAAUGAAGGCUGAAUACGAUCUUGAUCACCUUCCUCAUCAAAGCUUUUAUGGAGAUUAUUCAAAAACAUUGGUACCCUUGAACAAGAACUCCCAAAUAGUUACCAAGAUCAAGCCUAGGAUCCGAAUCAUCCAUAUAUUUGCGCCGGAGAUUAUUAACACCGACGUCAAGAACUUCCGUACACUCGUCCAAAGUCUGACCGGAAAACCGGAUAUCACCAAAACCGGUUCUAAGAAAAAGACAAGAAGAACGAAUAUUCACGCGCCGCCGCCUCCACCUCAAGAAUCAGGCAAAGAACAUACGGCGGAGCAUGUUAACAUGAUUAUAGGGAGCCAUGUGGUGAAGGAAGAAUGGAGAUCAGGUUCAAACACAAACACUUAUUUUGAUUUAGAUGGUUUGAUUGAUCUUGAUGAAGACAACAUAUUCUCAAGUCGAUGGUUUUGAUCUUCAACAGCAAUAAAUAAACUCGGUCACUGGUCCCACCUUGCCCUAAACUCUAGGGGUUCUACUACUAUAUGUUAUGAUUCUUAUUGGUUCUGACUUCUGAUGAUUACAUUAUUGUUCGAUUUGGGAUGUAACAAGAGAUAGUUUGAGACAUUGGCCACAUAUUUAGGGGUAUACAUCAUUUGUAUAGAUAUACACAUGUUUCGAUUUUGUUGGGUGCCCUUUUUAGCGAAGAUAUUAACUUGGUAGAUUGUUUAUAACAAGAGAAAGUUUGAGCUUCGGUCUCUUGAUCGUCUACAAACUCUCAUGAAAUUUGUGUAACACGUUGUACUAACGCAUUCGUGUAUCAAUUGUUCAGAUGUAAUUAUGAUUGAAAUUAGCGUUGCGCAAGUUUAUAUAUAGAAGGCGCGCGAGAAUGAUUGUGAUGAUGAAAUUGUUUUUUUUUUCUUUUGCUAAGAAAUUGGUUUGUUUCUUCGUAAAAGAUAGAUAGAGAUGAUUAUUGGAAUUAAUUAAGUAACAAAAUAUAAUUAAGAUCCAAAAUUUGGAUAUUAUCUUGUUCCAAUCUCAGUCAAUAAUAUUAUCAGAUUACUU